AAUUUUGUCAACACAUUUUUGGUUAUGAAUGUGAGAAACCUCCUUGAAAAGCAAGGGGUUAAUUGAAUAUGAAUUUUAUUCAACUAUCAUUUUACAUAAUUUACAUUUUUUAAAGUUAAUAUUUGAUUGACAUUUGAUUUGACCAAAUUUUAAAUUAUUUGUAUUCAUUAAAUAAAUUAAUUAUACUUAAAUAAUUAAAUUAAAUAAUUAAAAUAAAUUAAAUAAAAUAAUUAAAUUAAAUUACUUAAAUUAUACUUAAAUAAAUAAAAUAAUUAAAUAAGUUCAAAAAUAUGUUCAUGAAAUUCAACUAUUAUAUAUUAGAGAACAAAGAAUGGCUCGAAUCUUUGGAUAUAAACAAGACGGGAGUACUGUUUGGCCAAACUGAACAAAAGAUUCCAAAUGUGAUAAUACCAGAUGCGAUUGACUCGAUGGGCAACGACACACUUAAUGUGACUGCUGGCGAAUCAAUUUCUGGCACUGCAAACGAACCAGCUUCUGCUGCAAAUGACAUAGAAAUGACUGAAAUAACGAAGGGAAUUCCGGUUUACGUUAAAACAUCGCAGUUGAGGACUUUUGAAAAUUUGCACCACAAGCCAAGGGAAUUGGCCAGGAGUUUGCUGAAGGAGCUAAUAAAAGUUGACGAACUUAAACAAAUGACGGCACUGGGCAGGUCAGGAAAAAAGGGGGUUCCUGAAGAAAUUCGAAGAGCAAUUUUUUGUAAUAAUGAAAUUAAUAAUAAAUAAUCAUAAAUAAAAAUAAUAAGUCUGAAUAAGUUUCUUUCUGCAGCUUACGUAGAGCGAAAGAAAACCGAAAAUGUCAAUUUCACCAUGGAGGAGUGGAUUACUGUUAUUAAUAACCUCAUCCAAACAUUGCGCCACCCAAAAAUAAGGAAAAACUAAUUUUAUUCAAUUUCAUUUA